AUGGCAUCUCAAGCCUCUCGAUACGCAAAGUGGGAGUCUUCAAACAAUGGAAAUGGUCGCCGCUAUAUCACAACAACCUCUGGUGCCCCAGUUGACUCAAACCAGAACUCAAUCACUUUGGGGCCGAAGGGUCCGAUUCUUCUUUCUGACUUCCAUCUAAUUGACAAGUUGGCGCAUUUCGACAGAGAAAGGAUUCCUGAGAGGGUUGUGCAUGCGAAGGGUGCAGGAGCACACGGAUACUUCGAAGUAACGCAUGAUAUCACGCAAUAUACAAAAGCUAAAAUGUUUGAGCGGAUCGGAAAACGGACUCCUUGCUUCCUCCGCUUUUCGACCGUCGGUGGUGAAAAAGGAUCCCAAGAUACCGCGCGGGAUCCUCGUGGGUAUGCCAUAAAAUUCUACACAGAGGAGGGAAAUUGGGACAUGGUCGGAAACAAUACUCCUAUUUUCUUCAUUCGGGAUCCAGUGAAGUUCCCAGAUUUUAUCCACACUCAAAAGAAACACCCGCAGACGAAUAUUCCAGAUGCAGACAUGUUUUGGGAUUUUCUAUCGUUAGUUCCUGAAUCAGUUCAUCAGGUUACAAUUCUGUUUUCCGACCGAGGAACGCCAUACAGCUACCGUCACAUGAACGGCUAUGGUUCUCAUACCUUCAAACUCAUUAAUCGGAAUGGGGAAGUUCAUUACUGCAAAUUUCAUUUUAAAACUGAUCAAGGAAUAAAGAACUUUACUGGGGAAGAAGCGCAAAAGAUGGGAGCUCAGGAUCCUGAUUGGUCAACAAGAGAUCUCUUUAAUUCGAUUCAAAAAGGAAACUAUCCGUCUUGGAGUCUUUAUCUUCAAAUCAUGUCACCCCAAGAAGCAGAGACAUACCGAUGGAAUGUAUUGGAUGUCACCAAAGUGUGGCCUCAUAAGGAUCAUCCAUUGAUUCCUGUUGGGAAACUUGUCCUUAAUAGAAAUCCAGAUAACUAUUUCGCUGAUACUGAGCAGUCAGCGUUCGCUCCGGUGCAUCUGGUCCCAGGAAUUGAAGCAUCUGAAGAUAAAAUGUUGCAAGGACGUCUCUUCAGUUAUGCUGAUACACAUCGCCAUCGUCUUGGUGGAAACUACCAACAAAUCCCUAUCAAUGCCCCGUGGAAUUGUCCGAUGGGAAAUUAUAAUACGCGAGAUGGAUUCGCCAAUGUUGAUGGAAAUCGAGGAUCAACUCCGAAUUAUGAACCAAAUUCCAUCAUGGGAACUCCAGCACAAGCACCAGAAUUCGCACCCGCUCCAGUUUAUGCUUCUGGCCUCUCCGGCCGAUAUGAUAUCUUGACUGACGAGGAUUUCGUUCAGCCUGGAAAUUUGUAUCGCAACGUGAUGACAGAAACAGACCGUCAGCAUCUCAUCUCGAAUAUCUGUGGACAUCUUAAAAAUGCAAAACGAGAGAUCCAGGAACGCAUGGUUACUGUUUUUGCGAGAUGUGAUAUGGAUUACGGGAGAAGAGUCGCCAAGGGAUUGGGACUUCCAGCACCAACAACUCCGUCGAAGUUAUGA